AUGGCAGCUCGAUAUGUUCCACCUGGAGCCAGAUCUAAAGAAAUACAGGGCUGUAAUUCAGUAAAUCAGGCAGAAGACCGCCAGAGGUCGCUAGCUGAAUUAGUAGCCAAAGAUGAAAAGACAGAUAUUUUUACUGUCAAACUGAGAUCAGACAACUCAUAUGGUAAGGACUGUAAAGAUUACAAGUGAAAAGCCCCUUUAAGGCACAUAAUUUGUGUUUCUGUGUUAGUGUAAGACUGGGGAAAUUAUAAAAAAAAUGUUGUAUAGUUUCUAACAAAAUUAAAUUGACUGUCCUAAAAGUUGCCAUUAUCAUUUCUCUUCAUGCCAGGAGUACAAAAACUGUAAAACUCUUAACAGUGUGAAUGCCAGCUUUUCGCUUAUUUUACUACUCUCCCUAAAACAGGAUACAAGUUUACAAGAGUUCUCAGUGACAUUAUUUUAAUCACUUAGUUUAAGUUACAAAGACCCAUUAGGACGUACACUUGGAUGACUUGUCUAAGAAAUAACGACACUCUCAUUUUUCAGAUAAGAUUGCGGCCUUUACAAUGGUAUCUGAUACAGAAAACAGUGAUCACCCAAAAACUCAACAGUUUGAACUCCCAUUUGGAUAUAAAGAGCUUCGACAACUUAUGCAGGUAAGUUGAUUACUACAAAAGUUGACCAUUUUCAGAAAACAAGUUCUGGACAUACAUCAUAUACAUUUGUAAAAAUAUCUAAAAGUUUCCGUUUAACAAUUCAAAAUACCCUCCACACAAUCUUGUAAAGCCAAUCAUCAGGAAUGUCACAAAAAAGUUUAACUUAAAAGAGCUACUUGACCUGUGCAUCUUUCCAGGAAUGAAUCCUGCGUUUUAUUAUUGGAUUUCUUGCUCAGAUUUAGGGUAGCAUACUUGGCUGUUUUCAAACAGCAUUAUUGUGAAGUAAUAUUAAUUAAUUAUUUUAAUUGGAUUGAUUGGCUUAUCUGAUAGUUUCAAUGAAAACCAAACCAGGUGGCAGGGAAGGCAUGAGGAAACCUUCCCACCCCCUCCUCCCAGGGCUUUCAUUUUUGUGUCCCCUGUACUAAAGUUCAUGUGUCAAUCAAGAACUGUAUUUCUGCAAAACAAUGCCAGAGGAAGGGUCCUUAAAGUGCUUGACUUGCUUUUUUGCAGUGGUUUCGUGAGAUUGGCUGGAAAGACCAAGAUGCAGUACUUCAGUUUCCUGCAAGUCUCACAAAAGAACAAAGAAAACUUGUCCAUGAAACUGCACAAAGUUUUGGCCUGGGAACCUCAAGUUCUGGGUUUAAAGAAACGGUUGGUUAUUUUGCAUAUUUUUAUACUUUGUUUAGGGGCCGUUUACAUGGAGGGAGAAACAUCCUGGCACCAAGAAGAUCUUAGAAGGCUGAUCAUCUUUCAGCUAUUGUUACUUUUUUGUAUUCAGUGUACAUGCAAAAGGUUGUACUUUUCCUUAGUACUAGGAUCUUCCUUAAGCUGAAGAUCCUAGGAACAUCAGGCACGGAUCUAGGAUAAAAACUGAUGGAUUUCCUAAACGAGCUCAAACAAAAACAAGCCUAGCGGGGUGCAGGGGUGGGCUUCCCCAGGAAAUUGUUUGGAUUAAUUUUUUACUCCUUAAAGUCCCCUUUCCUGGGUUUCCGAGUCAUUCAGACAGAAUAUUGGCCAGAUUUCAACUUGAAAAGUGCUUUUAUAUUAUUAUUAAAAAUAUAUUUAUUAUGAAAAAUGUGACCAAUUUUUGUAAAACGGUGGAAAACGGUGUGGAUCCGUGCCCGACCAUAAAAACUUCCUUUGCUUGGAAGAUCCUAGUACCAGGGACAAACAGUGGCUAAUCAUGGCAAUGAAGGCUGACCAUUUCAUUUGGUGUUACCACAAGCUGAUACUUGUGAUAACUCUGCUAGUUGUUAAGGACAGUAUACGGAAGGGCACAAAUUGCGUUUUUGUUUUUGUCCAUCAUUUUUAAUUCCUUCUCAAUCCUUCUCUACUUGGGCACCAAAUUUCUGCAUGUAAACCCAACAAGAAGUUGCUCCAUCUUUUAGGAUCUUCCUGGUACUAGGAUCUUCCUCCCCCUAUGUACAGCCCCUUAAUGUAGGCCUAAAUAAAAAGACCCUUAACUGCAUGCCAUAAUUUUAGCAUAUGUAACUUGUUUCUCUUUCAUAAUGAAUUGAUUACUUUUUUCUAGCGUUACAUCAGUGUUUAUUCAGUGGAGCAAGCCACCCUCGGUGUUGGAAAAGUGUACCUCACAAAAGAAGAACGGGAGAAAGCCAAUACAAUAUGGAGACUAGUUAAACAUGAAGAAGAUGAGAGAUACAAGAAUUUCAGUCACAAUGAAAUAGAUGAGAUGGUUCUUGCAAAUAAACUGGAUCCACUGAUUCAGGAAUUGUGGGAAAAGAAGAAAUCACUGUCAGUAGAAGAGGACUUUAAAGAAAAAUGUAAAGUUGCUGAUGAAAAAUAA